AUGAGGAGCACGCAAGUCUUUCUGCUCUGCACGCUUGCGGCUUUGAUGCUUACCAGCGUCUUCUGCAACAAUUCCAGCGGUCCGGAAGAAUGCUGCUUUAAGCACUUCCCUCGAAGACUUCAUUCUAGAAUCUUCAAGACCUAUUUCGUGACUGACAAUCGAUGCCCCAUCAUGAGUGUCAUUUUGGUGACCAAGAAGAACAACAGCAUUUGUGCCAACCCGACUCUCGGCUGGGUUAAAAAUAUCAUGAGAUCUUUAGACGACUCCAACCUCUGA